GAGAAAUGUUUUGUCUGUAGAGGAGGAAAGGAAAAACUGUCGAUGUUGGCUCUUCAAAUUUGAUCAAUGAUUCGGAUGUUUAAGCUCAAGAAGAGUGAGGUUUUCUUUCCAACAAAUUUGGCAUCUCCUCAUGCAGGUGAACCCAUCGGUUUUGACUGAUCAGUCAGCACGACGCCGCACCACCUGGUGAUCUUUGGCCAAUCAUCAGGUCAGUUGACAGAUGGAAGAUAGAACAGAUGAUCUGAUGGCUGUGAAGGUGGAAAAGCAUUCUCAGUAUGUCAUCCUGACCUACUUCCAGGGGGACAUCAACAGCAUGGUGGAUGCUCACUUCACCCGUGCACUCAGCAAUAUCUGCGAAGCCAAGGCACCAGCAGUAAAGACCAAGAAAAUCCGUAAAUCUAUUAAAAUGGAGGAAACCAGCACCUGUCAGGGGAGUGUUGUUGACCCUUACACCAAGUCACAGCUCCCUCACGGAGGAAACCUGCUGACCUUCAGUCCUGUAGAUGAAGCUCCUGACUCGUGGCACUCAUUGCCCACCAGGGCAGGAGAGGGCCCAGGGUUUCCAUCCAUCGCAUACUCCCUGUCCCAUGAAGGCUUGAGUCUUACUGGACAGCAGUACGCCACAUCCCUGCUCAACCUGCUGCAUAGUGACAGGGGUGAGAUGGGACCCAGUCUGGCUUCCAGCUCCAAGCCAGAACUGCUUCCCAGCUGGACGGUGCCACAGGGAUUUAGAGAGUCUGCAGACCCUGCUGUGGUCUUUGAACCUGGACAGCGUCUGGACAAGAAGGACUUGUACUGGUAUUGAAGAGAGAGCAGCUGGAGCAGCAGAGAGAACAGCCUUAAAUACACCACCUAGCUGUGGUUCACUCUGGGAGCUGUCUGAUAUUGUCUGGUCAAACAGGUCUGAGCGGCAUCUGAGAAUAAACACGGAAGAAACAGCAGCUCCUCCGUUCCCUUCCCCACUCACUUCUCUGUAAAAUGACCUCAGCUUCUCAGUAUGUUCUAACUGGAACAAACUCUCUGAACGGGAACAUUCUCUGACAAACCUGUUCUUCAACUCUGUCAUUCCUCUGCAUGUGUCGCUGCUCACUUUGCAGUGGAGUUGGAUGAAGGGUAUUUUCCUGCUUUUAUCAGGCAUUUUCUCUUAGUGGGCCUACACCAGUAAAUAGACCAGUAUUAAGUUAAAGUGCAUUGUGAGCCUCUGGAGUGUGUAAAUAUUGAUGUCAGUAUAUGUCUACAGUUCGUUAGAGUUAGAGUUAGAGUCAGUUAGAUGAGUUGCUUAGAGAAUUGUUUUUAUGCAUCCAAAUGAACAAAAAGUGAAGGAUAGCGAUGUUAUGUUAAUGAUUUCUUCUCUUCACAGAGUGUCAAGCACUGGGCAAAAAUGUAAUCAUAUAUGAACUUAACUUAAAUAAUAACAGAGUAGACAAAAUUACUCAGUCCUUAAUAUAAUCAUUAUAUGAAAUACCUCAAAACUAAGAAUAUAUAUGCUCUGUAUAUGUAUGUAUGUGUGUGUGUGUGUGUGUGUGUGUGUGUGCGUGUGUGUGUGUGUGUAUACACAUACUACUAUGAUGACAUACUUUUUUAAUAUAUAUAUAUACAAAUAUGUAAACAACAUACGGUCAGUGGUGGAAAGUAACUAAGUACAUUUUCUCGAGUAAUAAAUUUCAUUUGGACAUACAA